UUGUGAUUAUAACAAUUGGCCUCGAGCGCAUGGUCUGAACGACAUUUAUUUUCAAGUAAAUCUUUAUACAAAAAAGCAGAAUAAUUAACUGUUUAUCGUUUUCUUGUCGUAUACGUUUAUAUUAAGAAAAUUUGUUUGGAAAUGUGUACAGUCAGUUUUUUUGGAGUGUAAAAUUCAUAAACUGUAAAUAAAAAUGAGCAAUGAAAUUAAAAAACAAGAAGAAUACAAUCCAUUUGAACACAGGACAGUUGAAAAACCGAGUUCAGACUUCAGAGCAACAACAAAUAUAAUAAAAGCUUCUUUGGGAUCAGGACUUCUAGCUGGCCCGCUAGCGUUUUCUAAUUCUGGAUGGGGAUUGGGACUUGUUGGAACUCUUUUAAUCGGGAUAAUAUGUGGACAUUGCGUCCACAUACUGGUUAAAACAUCCCGCGGUUGCUGUAAGAUAGAACGCAAACCACUUCUUGGGUAUGCGGAAACAUGCAAGUCAGCGUUUCAGAAUGGCCCAAAAUGUGUCCGACCCUAUGCUACAGCUGCCAGUAUCUUCGCGGAAUUCGCGCUGGUCUGCACUUACGUAGGCGUUUGCUGUAUCUAUACUGUUCUUAUAUCUGACUCCAUAAAACAGCUUAUUGACAGAUAUGUCCCAAGUGUCAACCUCUCCGUGGAAUAUUAUUGCUUAAUAAUAUUAGUUCCGUUGUGCUUGCUCAGUCAAGUGAAAUAUUUGAAAUGGUUAGCAAUUUUCUCGUUACUGGCCAACUUGUUUCUAAUUCUUACGUAUUUCAUUUGCCUUUAUUAUAUAUUUGGAAGUGAGAUAAACUUAUCUGACAAGAGAGUGGUCGGCGACCCUUCGAGAAUUCCUGCAUUUAUAUCAACAGUCAUCUUCGCAAUGGAGGGCAUUGGAGUAGUAAUGCCGGUCGAAAACGCUAUGAAGAAGCCCCAGCACUUCCUCGGUUGUCCGAGCGUGCUCGUGGUGGCAAUGUCAGCGAUCGUCUUCUUUUACAGCACUCUCGGUGUGUUCGGAUACUUACGAUAUGGAGCCGUGCUACGAGGGUCGAUCACCUUGAACCUUCCUAUAGAUGAUGUGCCAGCGAUAUGCGCUAAAGUUUUUAUAGCGUUAUCAAUUUUCUUUACUUACCCUCUGCAGUUUUUCGUUGUUUUUGAUAUAGUUAAGAAAUACACAGAUGGUUAUGUUAAAGACCAGUAUCGCUCUGUAACUGAGUUCACGGCGAGAACUGUGGGAGUUUGUUUCUGCGUCGGUAUUGGCGUGGCUUUGCCUCUAUUAGAACAAAUUAUAAACAUCGUCGGCGCCUGCUUCUAUUCCAUCCUUGGCCUGAUAAUCCCCGGGGUCGUAGAGACGGUAUUCAGGUGGGAAAACCUGGGAAAGUAUAAAUGGGUACUUUGGAAAAACAUACUUAUCGUGCUCUUCGGCUUGGGCAGUCUCGUGUCUGGUUGCACGGUUACUAUAAUGGAUAUCAUAAAAAUAUUACAUCAAAAGAAUGGUUGAGACUCUGCCGGAAGAAUCUCGACAGAUUUAUGGUAAUUCUGUAAUUAAUUUAGUAUAUUUACAUAAGUUAUUAAAUUUUUUAUUAACAGU